UUAACUCAACAUUUUUAUACUAAUUUAAAUCUAUAUUUCAUAACAAAACAAGUCAUUUUUAUUUAAUACAAUGCCACCAAAGCGCCGACGAAGAUUUCAAGGAUUAUACUACCAUUCCUCACCACCCAAAGUUAUGCCUAUGAACGGACAACAUUCUGGACAAAAUGGACAGAAGCGUCGUGAUUUUGACGAAUUUGCAGUUAAGUUAUCGACAAUUCGUAUUUGGAUGCAUGAAAAAGAUAUAGGUAAACUAACACGCAUUCUAUGGGCUGGACAGGGACAUCGUUUGGCGCAACAAGCCAGCACAAAUUCAAAAGUUAAGCGAUUUCUAGCAGCUGUGCCUUAUGUUAUGAAUUCAGUUAAGGAUACUCAUCAAGCAGUAAUCGACAACAGCUUGGAAACAUUGCAGACUUUGUUGGAACCACCCGUGCCAGCCGCACUUGUCACAUGCAAGGACGCAAAUGGCUUAAAUAUAAUUCAUAAAGCAGCUGGUUUAGGCCACACUAAGAUCUUAGAAUAUUUGAUUGGUAUUUGGCCUGAUGGUGCACAUGAAACCGACAUAACUGGAAAGACACCUCUACAUUGGGCGGCUAGUGCCAAAAAUAAUAUGCGCUGUUACACUUUACUUACGCAAGCCGGUUGCGACGAGGAAGCAGUUGACUAUAAAAUGAGAACCCCCUCCUACUAUCGUCAUAAGCCAAAUGAAAUAGAGCGUGCGUUUUUGUUGUAUGUGCCGGAAGCACCACGUGUAUCACCCGAUGUCGCUACUGAUUGGGAGGCAUUGAGUGAUGAAAGUGCCGAUGGAAAGAAAAUAAGUGUCAAAAUACCUGACACAAAUGGUGCUGGAUCGGCUAAGGAAGAUAGCAUUGAGAAUACGUCAGAGAUAGACUUAACUGAUGGCGUAAAUGGAAAUGACGAAGAGGAGAUAGCUAAAGAAUCUAAUAAGUCCGAAGCCGAAAAUGGCAUAGAUUCAGUGCCGCAGACACCAGAAAAAAUGGAUGAAGAGUUAGCUUCAAAAGCGGAGGAUACGAAUGAGGCCAUUGAGCAAAUUGCUGCGGAAAUUUCCGAUGACGCUGAGAAUAUUGUCAGCGAUCUAAAUGAUGAAACGUUAGCAAAGAGUAUUAUGGAGAAUGGUGAAGGUGUGGAAAAUGGUGAAAGUGUGGAGAAUGGUGAAGGUAUGGAAAAUGGUGAAACUAACGAAAACGUUGAAAAUGGUGAAAGUACCGAGAAUGGUGAAAGUACCGAGAAUGGAGAAGCUUCAGAUAAGGGUGAAAUUGAUGACAAGGAUGCAGAAGUACCUUGUGAUGAAAAUGUAGGUAUUGGUGAAAGUUUAGAGAAUGAUGCGCUCGUUCAAAACAUAGAUACUGUAAAGAAUAUAGAAUUAGAAGAACCAGAAGAAAACGAAAUGAUUGAUUCAUUGCUAAAUUCAAAUCUAUCUGAAAUUGAAAAAGAGAUUGAUAACAAUAUAGAAGAUAUAAACGACAUAACAAAAGUAGAGGAGGAGGAAUUGGAUAAUGAAAAUAAUGAAAACGAGAAUGAUAUAACUAAGAAUGAAUUAAAUAACGCACAAGAUUCUGAGAUCGUUACCAACGAUGAAAUAGAAGAGACUAAUCAAGAAUUAGCUGAUAGUCAGUUAGAUGAUAAAAAUGAUAAUGAAAUGGACACAGUGGAAACAAAUGACCUAAAUGAACACCGAAAUGAAUCACUCAAAAACGAAAAUGAUGAAACUGUAAAGACUGAAAUGCCGAUAAUAGGAGAAGAUGAAAAUUUAUUAAAUAAGGAUAAUGAGAGUACUGAAGAAAAUCAAGAUGAAUUGUUAGUAGAAAGUAAAUUAAGUAAUAAAAUAAUUGAGCAAGAUCGUGAAACAGGAGAAGAAACCUGCAUUAAGAAAACUGAAGAAGAAAUUACUGAAGUUGAAAAGUUAAGUACUGAGUCUGAAGCUAAUUUAAUCAAUAAAAUUAAUGAACUUGUUGAGAAUAUAGCUGAUCAUGAUCACGAUGAUCAUAAUAACAACCAUAACGAUUCAGAGGAUGAUGAUGAUGAGAAUUUAGAUAUCGAACCUGACGAGGAAACCGAAAAAGAAGAUGAAGAAUCAGGGACCGAAAAUGUUCCAAUCACCGAUGAUAACAAUAAUGAAGAUGUUGAACAUACAGAGGAAGAGGAAAAUGAGAAUUAUGGCGUAGAUUCACCCAGUUCUUCACUUGCAAUUGAAGGUUACGUUGCUGGAGAAUCCGAGGAUAAUACAGUUCAGUCACAAUCUGCAGCUUAUGUUGAUGAAGUAAUUCCAAACAACCUAAAGGAAACACGCAUUGAAGAUAUAAUUGCGUCCGGCGAUAUGGAGCAAUUAGCGCAAAUUGUGUUGAAUGGCGAUGGUAAUAAAUUGUUGAACAUGCAAUCUCCGGAACCAGAAAUACAAGCAUUUCUGAAUAAUGUACCAAAUUAUAUGAAUAAAAUACGUCGCGUGCAUGAAGCUGCUCGCGAAGGGAAAAUAUUGUCGUUGCAACAAGCCUUGGAUCGUCGAAAGUUUGCAAUAGCCAGGGAUGAAAUAUCACCAAAUGGAGCUACACCUUUACAUGUGGCUGUUCUAUUUGGUCAUAGUGAUUUAUAG